GGAGUUUAAAGCGCCAUUUUGUGCCGGGCGGCGGAUAUCGAUCGUAGCUCCCUGUCGGGCGAGCGGCGGGGCGCUCGGCGCCCGUCCUCUGCCCUUCUCCGCGCCUGUUUCCCCCGUCCCUCCGCUCCCAUGACCCGCAGCAGGAAGCAGGCGGCGCUGGAGAGAGGAGCCGGCAAGAUGAACCCAGAAGCGGGGAGCGCCGCGGAGGGGACCCGGGCGGCGGCGGCGGCGGCAGCGGCGGGGGCAGCCGGGAACGGAACGGCGCCCGGCGCCUGGGGGCUGGAGGGGGAUUCGGAGAAAGUUGUAUACUCGCGUUCGCAGGUCUCCUACGCCGGCACCAAGGCGCUGGGCGACGCCCUCAAGCUCUUCAUGCCCAAGUCCACCGAGUUCAUGAGCUCCGACUCGGAGCUGUGGAACUUCCUUUGCAGCCUCAAGCACGAGUUCUCCCCGGUCAUCCUCCGCAGCAAGGACGUCUACGGCUACGCCUCCUGCCGCGCCGUCGUCCCCGACCCGCCGCCGCCCUCGGCCGAGCGGCCCCGCCACCGGCCCGGCAAACGGCGCCUCCCGCCCGCCAAGCGCCGGGCCGCGGUCACGGGCGGCUCCGCCAAACGGCCCCGGCGGCGGCGGCGGCGCCGCAGGAGGGCGCAGGGCUGGCGGCACCGAGCGGCACCGGCGGCCGAUGGCACCCACGGCGAGGAGCGGCUGGAGGCGGCGGCGGGGCCGCCGGGCGAGGACGAGGCUGAGGCCGAGGACAGUGAGCGGGGCGGCCCGGCCGAGCAGGCCGCCUGGAGGCAGCCGUUCGGCGGCAAGUCGCUGGAGGAGAUCUGGAAGGCGGCCACCCCUCGCCUCACCACCUUCCCCACCAUCCGGGUGCGCGGCGGCGUCUGCAACUGGCGCAGCGUGGAGGCGGCGCGGCGCCGGGCGCAGCGGAUCCUCGGCGUGGACCUGUCGCCCGUGGUGCGGGUGCGCCGCCUGCCCGUGGCGCCGUCCUGAGGCGGAGGGAGGGGAGGGAAGGCCGGCGCGGACAAAGAGACCAAUAUCAGUCACCUGUUUACAUUGCUUUUGUCUGGAUCAUGUUCUUCUGCUGCACUUUACGGCUCGCUAGAAUCGGGGCCGGGGCGCAGGGCCCCGGGCGGGCGAGGGGCCGGCUGCGGGUACCGCGCGUGGGGACCAAGUUCCGCUUCCACUUCUCCCAUCGGGCUACCUCACUGGUCCAGAAGUCCACCCAAGAAGUUGUUUUCCAAAGGAACUUAACUUUCAUGCUUGUAUAAUAAAGCACCAUCCGAUUCUCGUUUCCCCCCCUCCCCCUCCCCCGCCCUUUUCUGAUGGAUUAUGUAUGCUUUGUGGUGUUGCACUAGUAUGUGCUCAGGGUAUUUUGAAUCCCAAGCAUUCCCAAGUUUCAGUUCACUCUGACCGAGGAUGCGUUAAGAAUGGAGGUUCAGGACUUGUGGCUGUUCUUGAUGGUGCAAAAACUUUUUUUUUUUUUUUUUUUUUUUUAAAAUUUCAUGGGCUUAGUGAUAUAUACAGAUGUAUUGCUCAGUAUAAUUGUUACACUUUUGUAUCUAAAGUCAUUUUUAAGGUUUUCUAGUUGAACUAAGUAUUUGUUUCUAUUGAGCACCUAAAGAUAGAAUCAUGCUGAUAUUUUAUAAACAUGUUUACUUUAGGGAAGCUCAUUUGGUCAACCUAAGUGAACUUAAUAAAAGUUAAAGAAAAGUGAUGUUUCAGUUCAAUGAAACUGGACUGCACAGAGGUGGGUUCCUUGCUGGAGUCUGCCGUGUUUGUACUUAACGGAGGCUCUGUGGUAUCCCCAGUAAACAAGCUUAGAGCUGGUGAAGAGUGUAACUAUUCAAAUGGAAGCAUAGGUGUCUGAAGGUGAACUGUGGUACAUGUAAUGUUGGUGUUAA